CUCCGGUUCCUUCAUAUACGUACCACUGUCUCAAGCUUUGGCACCUCAAUACGAAGGUCAGAUCUUGUGGUCACGCUUGCCGACCUUGAAGGUUCACUUCUGGGAUUCGCCAAACUUGCAUCUCACCUUUCGUACACCUCCUUAAAGCUCCGAAGCAGAAAAGUUCCUAAGAUAAAGACUCCAAAUCACGAGCGAAACGUCCAGUCAUGGCUCACACGAUCAAAGCUACAAACGGUAUCGCCACACAAGCGAAAGGAGCCUUGAUCACUUGCGACUCAGGAAGCGACGGUUUUGAACUCUCAUACAGCUGUCAAGGUCCAGCUUGUUCGAGUCUAAAUGGCAAUUUCCUUGACAUUACAUGUCACGCGGAUGGAAGCAGCCGUCUCAUAUGCUCGAACGACUUUAAAUGUCAAUCUGGAACACCUUCGUACCAGUCAAACUUCACAUUCAAUCAAAUCGAAGUGGACCCCUGGAGCCCAGCGAUGAAGAACGAGCCAGAUACUUGGGUCAUUCAAGACCAAGAUGUUCUAGUUGGAGGUUGCGCUAAGUUCUCUUUGACAAGUGACGGCACCAAGCACGGAACACUAGUGGAUGACGAUAGCCAAACAAACCUAUGUCCGAACGUCAAGGGUCUGUCCAGAGUGAGCACACACAAUGAACCCAAAUCGACAUCAUUCCAUCGUCCUCAUGCAAGCGCGACACAAAGGCCUCUCGUCUUUGGAGGCACAGGCGCACGAUGUGCCAUAUCGAAGAUGUCUCUACUCCUCAUGUUCACCCUCGUCUUCCUCACCCUUACUUCCGGAGUAUAUACCUCAGCUACCCAUUCUCGACAUGAACGUCUUAUACGAGCGACGUCAGACAAAGCCAGAGCUUUCGCUGAAGGGUUUGGGGCCGAACUUGCGCAGAAGGCAAGCGAUCAGGGGAUAAAUGGAGAAGCAUUUGCGAGCAAAAUUGUGGCUGAUGUUAUCUCAUCAAUUUGCCAAAGCUACUUCGAAGGUUCUGUCCCCGGUCAAUUUACGCCUGAGGUGCUCAAGAACUGCGUAUCAUCGAUAUAUAGCAAUCAUCCGUUACCUCGCCCUGGAGUUCAAUUUUUUGCUAUCUUCGGAGCGAGUUUGUUAUGCGAUUAUAUCGUCAGUGAGGCGUAUCCAGGAGGCCAGAAUUUCUUGCCAGACGGAUGUAAAGGGCUGCAAGAUUUAACAACCGAGGUUGCCAUAACUGGGCCAGUGUCGACACAGUCUGCAUCAGCUACACCUUUUUUACUCAAUACCCAUGUUGAGGUCCUUCAUACCAUACCCUUUGUUCCAUCAUUCUCAACCACUCGAGCCUCGGAACGAGCGUUCUCUACAAAGCCACAAGCAGAUACUUCGUCCUCGCAACAAGCAUCGGUUUCAUACACGUCGACUAUUAGUCUACCGCUUUUACAAGCAACUUCGUUACGCCAAGAUUCUCCAGACCCCGAGGCAAAGAUUUCAUCGAUACAUGAUAUGACCGAGAGCACUUUCAAUCAAAGUACGAUGCUGCCAGUGGAUAAAUCUUCAGCAACAUUGUUAACCUUCACGGAAUCUGCUUCAGCUAUUUCGCUACUGGAAUUGCCGCUCAACCCAAUUCUUCCCAAAGUCUCGUCACCAACUCUUACAUACGUAGACACCCGUAUAGAAAGAACGGGAACUCUCAAACCUACUAUGGUGCGAAGCAUAAGCAUGGUAUCUACCGUGAGCGUUAUGCCUUCGCCAACUCCUUCACCCGCUCAAUCCAAGUUGACGCAAUCAACGUUAGGCCUGUCCGAGUCUUUGGUCACCACCAAAAAGGAGACAUCGAGCUUAACAGACACCUCACGCGGGGGAUAUCCUGUGACGCUCUUGUCAAACAUCGUUGUACUUACAACGUCUUCGAAAGUUUCAAGUGCUAAAAUUGCUGCUGCGACUACAGAGAUUGACCAAGUGCCUGCUACUACUGUUCAAACAAAUCUCAGAUUGGAAACCUCACGACCGCCGAACUACAUCAGCCCGGAUGGUUUCGCAGCCAACGAGGUACUCUCGAAGACCCAAAUGAUGGAUGCUCUAAGUUCGACAUUCUCGUCUGUGAUUGGUCGACCUUGGAGCGCAAACUCAGCAAGCCCGUCAGGGUUGACAGCGAAUUUAUGGUCGUUGCCCAGCUCAGCUGCUCUUUCUACCGCUGUACUCCACACCAUGAUGCAGGGUGAUUCAGAAUCCAGGGCUAAGAAUGCGCUAGGGAUCAUGCUCGAGUCAGUCAAUCCUUCGCGCGACUCAUUGUCGUUCGAUUCUGCUGAGACUCCCAUCAACAUGCAAAUAGUGACUGACUCGAGCUCUGCUUGGAAGCCGGAGACGUCAGCUUCAGCCGCAAUGAUCCAUUUGGAUCUCUCCACAGCACCAUUGCAAACUUCGGCUCAGUCCUCUUUGGUCACGCAGGAUUUGAGCUUUGUGGAUCUCGUCAAUACAAGUACGAGUCGAUAUGCAGAUUUGCGUACUAGCCUUUUACAGUCCACUUUGUUAUCAGGGACUUCGCAAUCAGACUCAGCAUCACCCAAACUUGGAGCCUCGCAAUACAAGUUGGGUGGCAAUAGUGACUUACAAAUGUCAUAUGUCUCAGAUGACCGAUUGACUUUCUUCCCUUCUCCCAACCUUGCGGAAACGAGCUUCCUUGGCAGCUUCAUUACGCAUCUGGAUGGACCAGUAACAAGUUCCUCCACACCACCCUUGUUCAACCUGACAUCUGCUCCAACAGGAACCACUACCGGACCCUUUCUGGUGACGUCAAACCUGACAUCUCCCUCGUCGCAUAAAAGAAAGCAUUCCAUGAGCUUCAUGACUGGCAACUCUGUCUCAAACUCAAUACCGCCGAUGACGCCUCUCACUUUAUAUGCCGCAUCAGUACUAGGCUCGAUGUCUCCACCAACGUCGCGUAAGACCAUCGAGCCAAUGAUCACCCCGUUUCCAACUGCUGAGGGAAGUGCGCUAAUCAAAAUCCCCGCAAGCACCAUUUAUCUAGUCUCGAUUCUGACUUAUCCCUUCGCACAUUCUGGUGACAAGACGUCGUUCUUUUCAUGCUCUCGCUACCCGGAGAUGCUCGCCUUCUGCCCAGGCAGCGGGUGUGUUAGUCUCACAACAGACAAGGCACACUGUGGCGCAUGCAAUGAGAUCUGUGAACAUGAAUGUCACAACGGUGUCUGUAUUUGUCCCGAUUUGACAAAGCUCCAUGGUAAUAACGAAUGUGCGAACGAGCCGGGUUCCGUGGUUUGCUCAACCGGUUACACGCGGAACAUGUUCAAAGUUUGUAUCCCAUUUAGGGCGACGAUAUCCCCAAGACUCUCCUCGCCAAAAUGGACCCACCCUGCAACUAUCACGGAAACGGUGGCACCAUUUGCAACGCUGGUGUCCACGAAACCGAUACCGGUAUUAGUGAUGACUGUCUCGACUGAAUACCCGGUUCUUGGGUCCAUACAUUGCCCGCCUGGCCGACCAGACAUAUGCAUUGGUGGCUGCUUCAACACCAAAACCGAGCACAAUCAUUGUGGAGGCUGCGGCAACUUUUGCAGUGGAACAUGUGUCGACGAACGGUGUCUAGCCUCGCCUACGCGACCACGUCCACAACUAGCCUCUCCCGAGCGGAUGGGGUCCACCACUGAUAUUCUGACAGAAACGCCAAUGGGUCCACUGCCAACGUCGACAGGCCAGCCAGUCGCAUCGUACAUUUGGAAAGGCCUGGCUGGAUCUCAAUAGACCUCCUUCUACAUGAACAUGCAGUGGAUUUCGCGCUAUUCGUUGUUCGCCACGCAAAUGUUACCCUCGAGCAUGCUCGCUGUCGGAACCUAGCGUGAAAGCUGCAAACUUACGGACAACACAUGGUAUAUUACAUCGUAGCGACUGUCUAUGGGUAUUGCGUAAGGGCGCAAUUGUCUAGUGUCUUGAGUGGUCGACAUGGUGAUUGGGGUAUUGGGGUACACGUGAAACAAGACAUAUUUAUAAAGAAACGAACUUAUACACUGGGUAACAUAAUCAACUACAAGUUUCGGAAGACUGUAGCCGACUUCAAACAGAUACUGCUGCUCAACUUCAAUUCCCAACCCGGCACUUGAUGGACGAAGUGUUGCACCAAAUUGCGCAUAGCCAAGAUGAUGAUCGACUUAGAUCAGCCCGAUCACGACUAGUAACAGCAAG